AUGUCAGACCUACCUUCCACAAUUCCCAAGAGGUCUUGGAUCGAAACCAUCCAAGAUGGUUUGUGUAUAGCUUCUCAGCAAGUGACCAGUGACAUUAAAAGAUUCUGCAGUUCAUUGACACAGUCCGGCCAACAAGAGUGGGAAUUGAUCAAUCGAUCAACCAGAUUCGUACCAGCCCCUACCAAUGGUGGGAGAUCAUUUACGGAAGUGACGUUGGACUGGAAACUGACCAAUUACUCUUCCACAAAGAACACGGAGAAUCCGACGAUCAUGGCGAGCGAAUUCGACCUGUUAUAUACCGAUAUUACUUCAAUAUUAGAUUCGCAGAAGGAGCCCGAAGAAGACAGCACGGCCAAGAGGGCGAUCCUCCACUUUGAGGGUGCAGCCCCGACUUCAACCAAUAUUGAUGGAAUUCUAAGUUAUAACCCUCCGAUCGUUGAGCAGAGUAUGGUAAGACCUAGAGUGGUACGAAGAGGGAAUCUCUGA